AUUUUUUUCAUAUUUUAGCUGCUUUUGUUGAAACCUUUUAAUGAAAGUUGUGUAUUCUUGUAAAAAAAUGUACUUCAUGCGUUCGAACAACCUUGCAACCUGUAGUAGAGUAAACCGUGCCCUAACUUGUUGCAGCGAUAGAGGGCGCUCGAUGAUUUAACUAUAAAUGCGAAACAUCAACAUGCAGAAGAGAAAAUGUGUUCACUCCUGCAAGCUGCGUGGGAAUUUGCUUGCAAUCGAUAGUUUUAUGUUCAACAAGCAGUUACCGCUUAAGUCGUACAAUAUACCGAUAAAGUUGGAAUGUCAAAGAUAUUUGUACUCUUUGUAAUGGAAAUCUUGUAUUUAAAAACUGAAAGCAGAGUUACUGUAUAAUUUGUAUGUUAUUUGCUGCUUUCUUGAUGAUACAAAUAACCAGGACCAUCUGAUCUCAUAAUUGGCGUGAUUGGUUUAAAAGAGUCCUAACGAGUAUUUGUGAGGAUAUUCGUAUUCUUCUCGAUGUAAAUUGUAUGCAGCUGCUCUGAGUUUAAAUAUUGUUUUAAAAUGUUUUUUUUUAGGGUGUGUUUGUGGUAAAACAGCUGAAAAUGAAUCAGUAUAAGGUUUUGCCCUUAUAUGAAUAGCUGAAAAUGAGACAGACACAUUUAAUCUGCAUACACCGUAUGGCAAUUUGGCUGGUAACUUGUAUUUAAUUGUUCAGCAAACUUAUAUGGUAAGCUUGGGAAGAUUCAGUGCCUUGCAGUUCCAUGAAAUUUGCCCUGGUCUUUCACCAGUGAUGUUAGCGCAAGCGCACAACUAUGUGCGGAAGAUAACGCGGUCAAUAAUACUAGUUUUCAAGUGCAAAGCACACAAUGGGUUGGGCUGGAUGAUAUCACAUGGGCACAUAUGGACAGUUGCUCUAAACGUGCGAUCAAUAGUGGAAUAGGCCAUCUAUGACCAGAUCAAUACAAUAGGUUGUACAGUACAAACUGGAUUCUUAUUGUCAAUGUUCAUUCAACAGCUAACUGCAUAGAUAUCUACAUGUACAUGUAUGUACGUGUAAUGCUUGUUGUACACGUAUUUGUAAAAGUAGACUGGUUUUCGUCGCCCUUCGUUUACUCACAGUGUACUGCUUUACGGGCAUCCGAUCUGCAUGAAACGUUAGUUUGAUCUCGGUACACAGUGAUUAAGAACAUCCCUCUCAUCCUUGCCAAAUUAAGACGGUGAUUAUAUAGAGAACAUCCUUGUAUUUGUGCGGCAUUUCCCUAUGAAUUCAUCUGUGCACAAAGUAAUUUGAGGCAGCAGAUAUUUGAAGAGGUCUUUUUGCCGUCGGGUUGUGGAUGUAUUUACGAACAGCAUCACCUUCGAACUCAAGACGUCGCAGCAUCCACACUACACAGGAAUACGGAGACGGCCAUGUUUUACUCACUAGCUAAACUGGCCAUAUGUUUCACCGCAACGAGGUCAAGCCGAGCCUAAUUGCUAUCCUGACAAUUGGUUUUGUGUACUGGUUUUGAUUUACAUUUGAGAUAUACUCCAUACAAAUAGUGAACACAGGAAACAAAAUUAAUAAUGGGAAACCCGAUAGAGUACGACCCCAAUGAGCUCGUCAAAUUAAAGGAACGUUGUGAGAUCAUCUUCAACGCAGAUCCAUCACAGUACUUAACGGAGCCAAGCAUAAUCCGAUUCCUGAAAGCCUUCAAGAAUGUAGACGACUCCUUCGCUGCCAUCUUAAAGUGCAACCAAUGGAGGAAAGACUACGGAGUGGAGACCAUCAGUCCAACGUCUUGCCCCGAAGUCAACGCCGAGUUGAAUACGGGGAAAGUGGAGCUGCUUCGGCAUCGCGACCGACAUGGAAGACCCAUGAUAAUGUUACGGGUAAGACACCACAAAGUGGCAGAGAGAAACAAAGAGGUCCUGACGAAAUGUAUGGUGUAUAUAUUGGAAUCAGCAUGCAAGAAGUGCAACGAAGAUGUCAUAGACAACGUCUGUGUUCUGUUUGACAUGCGCAAGUUCAGCUUGGCUAGCAUGGACUAUGAGUUUGUCAAGACACUGAUCUGGUUGCUGUCCACGCGAUACCCAGAGAGAUUAGGCGUGUGCCUGAUCAUCAAUGCUCCUAUGGUCUUCCAGGGAUGCUGGGCUAUUAUACGACCCAUGUUGAGUGACAUCACAGCACAGAAGGUUGUUUUCAUCAAUGACGAUAUGGCAUUAGCUAACUACCUCUGUCCCGACGCCCUACCAGAAAAUCCUUUUGAAGAGGUGAGCUGAACACAACGCAUGAAGACGUCUCAUGUCCGUCAGGAAGCGGCGAUACAACCAGGACAGAAAUUGGUAAUUUUUCUUUCAAUAAAGAUGUUUAGACUUAGCCAUUAAAAAAACACAUUAAAUUUAAGAAUUGUAUGGUGUAUUUUAAGACUAACUUGUUUAUAUUCUGGUGUUUAAAGAAGGUUGAAUCAGUACUAUACCACUUGUGAGUGGACUUUCAAAUUAUCUGGAAAAAAAAACCCAAAAAAACAAAGGAAACAAAUUUUAUGGUAAGAAUUCAUCAAUCUUAUGUCAGGAUUGACUCAGUGUCUGACCAGGGGUAUGUCAACGGUUGUGGCAUGGGGUUUGACAUGGAUUUUUAAAAAAUGCUAUAAACGUGGGUUUAUAGACCGUUAUCAUGUUGCCGCCAUCUUGAUUUUUCCCAUUCAGAUCAACCAAACCAAAGUGAGGCUGGAAGGACAAAUAGUCUGGCUCCUUUUUGCACAAACACCAUUAUCAUUCAGUACUGUAAUUGGAUACAAGGAACAUGACUAAAAUGGUGGAAGCAUGAUAAAGGUUUAUAAAGAUUAAGUUAAUAAUUGAAAAUAUUUCACUAUGAUAAAUUAAUGGUACAAAUUUAUGUGCUUGCACUUGAAGUUUACAUUAGCAGUAAAAUGUUUGAAAAUGUUGCAUACGUGUGAAGUCUUGUUAUGCAGUCAAUCACAAUUGUGGAUUAUCGUUACCAUUUUGGAAUAACUGCGAUGGAAAUGUGUAUUUAUUUUUAUAGCACAAUCAUGUACAUACAUUUCGGUUGUGAAUGUAAGAUGUUUAAAGCAUAUGCUUCAGGAUAAGAUUCUUGGAUGUAAUGUACAUGUACUUCAGUGUUAGUGUGUAUAUUAUGGGUAUUUUUUAACAGAAAGUUAAUUUUACACAAGUGUAAAAUUUUGUGUCAUUAUUUCAGGAAUAUGUUGCUGCAGCUGUUCUUGACCCAUGUACUCCGGAGAAUUUUCAAAAUCCACAUAUAUCUCUAAAUUAAUUGGCAUGUCUAGUAUGCCAACUGCCCAUGCCCACAUCAGCAUGUGCAGAAACGCUACGUCAUAUGCUUGCAAAAUUAUGGCAGUUAUGUUUCAAAUAAAAUUCAGGAAAAGUUCUUGUUCUGAAGUACAAAAAUCUGAAAAUAUUUAACAAUAUUAAAGCUCAUAGAAUGUGCACACUGUCGUUCCAUCUUUAGACUGCCUGAAAAUUAUAGCCUGCAGAUUUGCGUACCAUUUUCCCCAUAAAAUUGUGAGCAUUUAUGCGCUGUGUUUAUCCCAAACUAAAAAUCAUGAACAUUUUGAUGUGCACAUGUACAGUUGGAAUACUGAACUCACUCAUUCACAUGUACAAUGUAUAUACACCGGCUGUGUUUCCAUUAUAAUUUUAAAUUGACCAAAGUGUGUACUUUCAAGCAAAUUUUUUUAAAGCAAAGCCAGGCAUAUAACAUGCGUCUUCAAAUCCAUACAUUUUUGAACCAUUUUACAUGUUUCCUUUAGUUUCGAGAUGCAGGUGGCAUGUAUACGGAUGCACCAAUUACCAGACUUAACUACACACUGAUAAGAAGCUCCAAUAUUUCAAUCCUGAAGAAUCAAAGAUUGCAAUCUCUUUAGCUAUUAGAGUUCUCAGUUUUCGAUUUUGAUAACGUCAACAUCACCCACUGCACAAAGGCUACAACUGCAUGUUCAAACUACGUACGUGCAGUCAUAUUGGAGGUUUUUUGUACGCAUGUUGGACAUGAAUCACGGCUUCGAUUGGUCAAAACGCCACAGGGCCGGGGCCUAACAGAUCAGUAUAUCACUCAGAGAUGACAAAUUUCAUGUCACGCAAAGCUUUCCUGUGUUAAAUGUUGGGUUAUUUAACUGAGACAAAUAUACAAUGUGUGUGUAUUUCAGAUUUUGAUGCCUUUUUUAAUGGUAGAUAUAACUUUAGUUUGUGUAUUAUUCAAUUAGUGGUGGAUCAAUUUGUAUGUAAAAGACGCUUUACCAUGUCA